AUGUGUCCAACUGACGGUUACACCGGUGCAAGAGGCCCGAAGGAGCUCGACGAGACCUGCCGCGAGGAGUUAGAGAUAGGCCGAGGGCCUGCAUGGAGACUUGACAUGAGGUACCCUCGUGGCUGGAAGCGAAGGAGGUGGAAAGUGGCUGUAUAUAACGCCGGAGUUGAAGCUGAGGCAACACACUUCACGCCUCUCAACAUGCUCAGGUUUGCUGUAAUUGCUGUUGUGUUUGUGGUGGUCGCCGCCCUUCCCUCCGAUCCCCACAGGCGUUCACUUCCUACGUUCGGGGACGCUCCAGCCGAAUAUCAGUUUAGUUAUGAAGUGAAGGACGACUACUCCAAGAACGACUACGGGCAUUCGGAGGACCGCAGUGGCUACAACACCCGGGGACAAUACCAGGUGGUGUUGCCAGACGGCCGCGUCCAGACCGUGGAAUACACCGUCAGCAACGACAGCGGCUUCAUGGCGAACGUUGAAGCCCAGGGCGUCGUCCAGCCACAUUACGGAUAACGGACGCUUUCUGCUUA